AUGUCGGCCACCUGUGGGGACCGCGGGCUGCUGGGGCGGGGGGGGGCCCGACCUCCCCACCUCCCCCGAUGUGUGACCCCCGACCUCUCUAGCGCCUGGGCUUUGGUUUGCUUUGGGGGGCGCAGGGAGGUCUCGCGCCGCCGCCGAGGUGAGCUGCACACUCAUGGCCAUCCUCCUGCCUCCGCUCCCCAGGGACGAGGCACCGCUGCCCCGGCGGGUGCUGCCCCCCCCCCCGCGGAAUUCCGAGUUCUCGGCUCCAGGGCGCGGGGCUCCCGGGGAGGGCGCAGGUGGCCGGGCCUGCCCCGACCCGCCCAGCUGUCCCCGCCGGUGUGGGCCGGUGCGGGCCGGUCUGCCCCCGGGGCUCCCGGCCGCGGGUUAACCCCACCGCUGGCCGCCCCCUGCAGCCCCGCAGGCCCGGACUCCGCGACCCGCCCUCGGCCAGGCCCUCGGCGAACUCCUCUUCGGCCCGCAAAGCCCCGGGGCCUCGGCUCUCCCCGCUUCCGCACGGAUCCCGCCCCCCUCCCCGACUUGGGGCGCCCGGGCCGGGGCUGGGGUGACCGAGUCCGUCCCCACUGCCCCGGGGGACGGGGCGGCGCUUGGAAACCCGAGGAGGGCGGUUCAACCCGCUCGCUCGGCCUCGCCCCGCCCCCAGGUGAGCGCCCCGCCCCCUGCAGACGGGAGGGCCCGGGGGACCCGGGCCCCGCCUCCAGCUCGCAGCGGGGGACCCAGCCCCGGGCCUCAGUUUACCCUCCCGGGGUGCGCGAGCCCCGCGCCCCAGGGCCGGGUCCCCGGGUCCCCAGGCGGCCGCAGCCCCGCCCGCCGCGCCCCCAGGUCUCCGUGCGCAGGAGGUGCCCGGCGGACAGCGCGGCCGGGAGCGAACAAAGCCGGGGGGUCGCGCCGCCGCCGCGGGACUCGAACGCGGGGCUCUGGGGGGCCAGUUUCCCCGGCCGUUUGAAAGCCCGGAUCGCACUGCCACCCGGUCCCGCGCGCUCCGGGGCUACUCGCCUGGAAUCUCACGGCCAUGGUGCCCGGGGGGGCGGGGGGCCUGGAGACGCCCGGCCCGGGUCACGAGGGUCGCGCAGGCCCCGGCCCCGCUCCCGCCGCACCUGCUCUUCCUCCUCCGGGACGGGCUGGCGGGAAAACGCGGGGCGGACGCCCCCGGGCCCGGGCGGCCCCCGGCUGGAGUUUCCCACCCGUGAAAGCGACACGCGCCCCGGUCCGCCCGUGGGGGAGCCCGGCGAGGGCGUCGGGGGAGGCAGGGGCGAAGAGGCCCGCGUGCGGCGGGUGGGUUCCGAAGGUGGGGUAAGAGUCUGCGGAGACCGGGGCUGGGUCGAUCUCCCGCCCCCGUGGCGCCUUUGCGGGGAGAGCGCGAGGGCCCGAGUUCGAAUCCUCCCCGCCCCCGCGGCUCCGGGACCCGGCGCCCCCUCCCGGCCUCUGCUGGGGAAGGGCGCCUGGCCCCACCCCGAGGUCAAAGAGCGGCCGGGCACUGGCGCCGACAGCCCCUGCCCUGUGCACGCCCGAGGCCGGGCUGGAGAAGGAUCCACCCUCAGCCCUGAGUUCAAAUCCAGAACCGAGGCCGGCCUGCAGGUCCCAGCAGGCCCGAGGCACCCCGGGUUCGAUCCCGUGCCCCACACGGUGGAGGAGGCUACGGCCGGGAGGAGGGGCGGGGUGGACCCGGGGAGAUGGGGGGAGCGAAGGCCUGGGGCAGGCGCGUCACUGAGCCCCGCGGAAGGCGAGAACACUCCCCCAGCCGGGCCCCCAUUCCCGCGUGUGCUGCACCCCGUGCGCUGCAUGAGUGGAAUUCAGACUGCAAACGGCUGGGGCGGUGCGCGCCGCUGUCACGGGGCGGGCUGCGGCAGGAGGAUUGCUCUCAGUCCCGGAGGAGCCUGGGCUGCACGGAAAGCUCCAGGCCAACCCCACCGACAAAGCGCACAGUGGGCUUCCUGGGGACUUCGGGAAGCUUGUGUCCGGGAUGCCGCGGCGGGCGAGCAGCCCUGGAGCCAGCCCGACUCCGGAAAGGCUAGCCUGGGCUGCCCUGGGCACGGCCCACUGCACUCGGGGCUGCAGAGCCAGCUUCAGCCAGCAGGGGGCGUGUGGGAGCCAGGGCUGGUGUCUGGGGUCCCCCGUGGGGGAGGGUGGUCCCUGUCCCCAAAGUAA